CUUCCAUUUAAUUUUCACUUCUUUGGAAAAAAACAAAAAUUUCGAUAGUGCUUUUUUUCUCAGCCAAGGAAGAACAACUAUUACAGAAGAAGAAGAAGAAAAAAACAAAAUCCACUCUCGAAUUUACCACGAGUUUGUUUCAUUUUCACUCUCGCCGGAACCCUAAUUCAAUCUGCCGGAACUUGAAUCUACCGAUGACUGUCGAAUUGAGGAAUUGGUGAGAUCAAAGGGCUGGAUUUCAUCGCCGGAUGGAGGGAGGUAGCGUCUCUAGACUUACUUGUUCUGGGAUUCACCCAUGGAUUAUGAUGACAGUGAUUUUGAAAACCAGAAUCUCCAUUUAGCCGGUGAAGGGAACACUAAAUUUCCUCCGGUAUUAAGACCGUAUGCUCUCCCUAAGUUUGAUUUUGACGAAAGCCUUCAAGCAAAUUCAAGAUUUGAUAGUUUGGUUGAAACUGAAGUUUUUCUUGGUAUUGAAAGUAACGAAGAUAACCAGUGGAUUGACGCAUUCUCCCGUGGGGGUAGUAGCAUAGAGUUCAAUUCACCUGCUGCUGGAUCUUGCUCUAUAUCAAGGUAUGGUAAUGUGUGGUCCGAGGCCACUUCCUCAGAGUCUGUCGAGAUGCUCUUGAAAUCUGUUGGACAGGGGGAGCAUAUUCCUAGGCAAACUGUUAUUCAGGAAUCGGAUGCUUGUGAUGAACUGGCCUGCUUAGCUAAGCAAAUGGACUCCAAUCCAAAACCUGAUGUUAGAAAUGAAUUUACAGAUGAUGUUACAGAUUUACAAUCACCUGGUGGUACUCAUAUAAGUUUUUCUGGAUCGAAGAAGCCAGUUGGAAUUGAACAGUCUCAGACUGGAAUUUCCCAAAGUCACGAAGGUGAAUUAUCCAUUGAUGGAAAUUCAGGUAUUCUGGAACCAAAUGAAAUGUUCCGAAAUAUUGACUUGCCUAUGUCUGAGCAUAGUCCAACCUUCUUUACCAAUGAUAAAUUUAACAUUACUAUUCAGGUAGAUGCUCAGACUGUGGCUGAUGACUCAGAUCAUUGUGAAACUCAUGAUUCAUCAGCACUUGUGGUGGAAACUAAUAUUACUGAAUUGUCUAUUCAAAAUAUGGUGGAUGAGAAGCAAAGUCCUCACCUAACUGAAAGUAGUAAUCAAAAUUUAGAAUCUUCUAUGAUGAAGGAAGAAGCUGUUGUAGACACACAGACUUUGGAUCAAAAUGCUGUUGAUGUUGAUGCACAUCAUCCUGAUAGAUCUAUUCUUGCAGUACCCCCACAAGAUUCUUUAGAAGGAGGGAGUGUAGUUAAAGAACUUGAGGCCGAGUUAAGUAAUUUAGAGAAUUCCAUGGGAACUAGAACUGUUGCAGUUUCUGACAUGCAGAAAGAAGAAAGGCACAGUGAAGAUAUACGUUCAUGUGAUUUGACUCAGGCCAAUGCAAGUAAAAACUCAGUCUUGCUUAAAGAUACGGUGAUGGAUGAUCCGUCUAUAUCAGAUACACACACAUCGGCAAAGGUUUCAGUUAAAGAUGGUCCUAUCUCUGUCGGGCAGGUGGUUGAGGUAAGCAAUUCCAGUUAUGAAGUUUGUCCUAAUCUCCAGCAAACUAUGAAUGUCACUGAGAAGGAAACUUACAGUGUGAGCAAUGUUCUUAAGGAAAACGAGUCAUCAAACACUGGAGGUGACCAUAUGGAUACGGGAGUUUUAUCAAGCAAGUCGGAGGCAUCUAUGUUUCCUGCAAAGGAAAACAUCAUUUCUGUUUGUGAAGGAAAUAAUGACAACAGGGUCGGAGAUUUUUCCGGUUUCAGUUUGGUGACUUCUUCAACAAACUCUUCCAUUGUGAGGGAGUCAACUCAAAUAUGUGUAAACGAUGAAUCUGAUAAGCAAAGUGACCUAGACAAAUUUAGCCAAAAUGCUUCUGUCAAUGAUGAAGAGAAUACAAAGAUCCGUUCUGAUUCUAGCCAAAUGCAUUCUGAUGUUGCGCAAUCCCAUCUUGGGGAUAAAGGAGUUGUUUCAUCACCUCUUAGUUUAAGUAGCUUGGAAUCUGAGUUGACAACUUCCACUGUAUCAAUCGACACCAAACCUGUCAAUAUUUCAGCUUCUCAAGUUAUUUCAGAAAAUAUUAGUUUGACAUCCUGUAAGAUAAUGAAUGAUCUACCUCCUAGUGAUUUUGUUUCAAUUCAUGGACCCACUGGCGACAGCGAUAUUCAAAGGGUAACUACUGUUGAAUCAUCUUCUGCCGAAGUAAAAGAAGAAACUGCAAUGAAAAUAACAGAGGAAACUGGUAUAACAGCUCUUGUUAGGUCUUCUGAACAGGAAACUGCUCCUUACCCUGUUAACGAAAUAGAAAAACUUCAUCCUUCUGGUACUUCUGGACAUUUGAUAAGUCACAGUAUGCUUGAUGUUGGAACUCAUGGUACUGCAAUACUCGGUGAACCGCAAGGAACUAUAGAUGAUAAGUUUACCCAGGAGAUUAGCGUGUCUCCAGUUCAAUGUGAGUCAUUAGAGACACAGGCUGCUGGGGUCACGAUUUCUGUUAUUAAUGAUGACAAGGAGAUUUUACAGGAGACUCAUGACAAGUCAACUCCGAAAGAGUUAGGUGACAUUUUACUUGGGAACAAAGAUUCCAUAUCUUCUCCUUUGCCUGACUCUCGUGUUGAGUUGCCUGAGACUGGAAGCUUUCCUGCCAGUAGUAUUUGCAGUCCCUCUAAUACAUUCAGAAGCCCUUCUCAAACCGAAAAGGAGGAAAAUCGAGGUAAUGCUUCUGCUAAUACAUUCAGUAGCCUUUCUCAAACCGAAAAGGAGGAGAAUCAAGGGAAGGGUUCUGCUAAUCAGAAUUCUGCAGAAUCUGAUUUAAAAAAUAGUGGCACACAUAAUACAUUGUCUACUGCCCAAGUUCAAAAGAGGGAUACUGUAUCUAAAGAUGAGAGAAGCUCAACUCCUGAGAUAGAUGUAGUGGUUGAUUUAUCCAAAAAGGACACAGCAGAUUUGGAUACAAACGUUGGCAAGAGACAAUCAGCCCUUGUUAUCACAACCAACAAUGCACCAAUAGCUUUGGCAGAAUCUCCUUCAACUUCUGGGCCAGGAUCUUCAAAAACCAAAACUGUAGCAAAUGUUUCCCAUGGAAGUCCACAGGUAUCAGAUGGAGAAGUGGCUUUUAGUGCUUCUAAAGCUACGCCUAAGCGAAAAGCUAGGCAAUCAUCUAAUAAGGCAGCUGGAAAGGAAUCUACUAGAAGAGGAGGUCGUGUGAAAAAUGCAAGCCCUGCUAUACAGUCUGAAAAAGGUGAUAUAUCAACCAAAGUUUCCCAUAGCCCAUCACCUGGUUUCAAGCUGAUGCAUUCAAAUGAGGUGCAACAGUAUGGGCACGCAGAUUCCAACAGUGCAAAGGCAUUUUCUUUUGUAAAUACUUCAACAUCAUCUAGCCUUCCAGAUUUGAACACUUCUGCUUCUCCACCUGUCUUGUUUCAUCAGCCUUUCACAGAUCUGCAACAAGUACAAUUGCGUGCACAGAUCUUUGUUUAUGGAGCAUUGAUUCAAGGAACAACACCGGAUGAGGCACAUAUGAUAUCAGCUUAUGGGGUGACAGACGGUGGAAGGAACAUUUGGGAGAAUGUUUGGCGUGCCUGCAUGGAAAGGCAGCGUAGUCAAAAAUCUCAUCACAUUACCCCAGAAACUCCUCUACAAUCACGAUCUGUUGCUAGAACACCUGAUACGACAGUUAAGCAAAGUGAACUUCAAGGGAAAGUUAUCUCUUCGCCUCUUGGUAGAGCUAGCAGCAAGGCUACUGUGACCAUUGCUAACCCCCUAAUGCCUCUGUCAUCUCCUCUUUGGAGUCUACCAACCAUCUCUUGUGAUUCUCUGCAAUCUAGUGCUCUUUCAAGAGGUUCUGUCGUGGAUUAUUCCCAGGCACUUACUCCGUUGCAUCCUUAUCAAUCUCCACCUCCAAGAAACUUUCUUGGACAUAGCACUUCUUGGAUAUCCCAAGCCCCACUUCGUGGACCAUGGAUUGGCUCUCCAACUCCUGGGCCUGAAAACAACACUCAUCUUUCUGAUUCACCCACCUCAGAUACAGUUAAGUUAGGUUCAGUCAAGGGAUCUUCUUUACCUCCUUCCUCAAGCAUAACAAAUGUUACUCCUGGUCCUCCUGCCUCUAGUGCACGCUUACAAAGUAUUUUUGUUGGGACUGCUUCUCAGCUUGAUGCAAACAAUGUGACAGUACCACCUGCUCAGCAUUCUUCAGACCCGAAGCCCAAAAAAAGGAAAAAAGCUGUGUCAUCUGAGGAUCUUGGUCAGAAGCCUUUGCAGUCUCUGACUCCAGCGGUCAUUAGCCGUGCAUCUACCUCUGUUGCUGUUGCGACCCCUGUUAGCAAUGUGCCCAUAUCUAGUAUUGAAAAAUCAGCUGUGUCUGUAUCUCCUCUAGCUGAUCAACCCAAAAAUGAUCCGAAUGUUGAGAAGAGGAUUCUGUCGGAUGAUUUUCUUAUGAAAGUUAAGGAGGCUAGGGUACAUGCAGAGGAAGCUUCUGCUGAUUCUGCUGCUGCAGUGAAUCAUAGCCUAGAGUUGUGGAAUCAGUUGGAUAAGCAUAAAAAUUCUGGAUUUAUGUCAGAUAUUGAGGCCAAAUUAGCUUCUGCUGCAGUGGCAGUCGCAGCAGCUGCAGCUGUUGCAAAGGCAGCAGCUGCCGCUGCUAAUGUUGCAUCAAAUGCUGCAUUUCAAGCAAAAUUGAUGGCUGAUGAAGCUUUGAUUUCAUCUGGCUGUGAAAAUUCCAGCCAAAGUAACAAAGUUUUCCUUGCCGAGAGUUCUAGUAACUUGGGACAAGCUACGCCUGCUUCCAUUUUGAAGGGUGCUAAUGGCCCCAAUAGCCCUGGUUCUUUCAUUGGUGCUGCUAAGGAAGCUAUUAGGAGGAGAGUGGAAGCUGCUUCAGCUGCCACCAAAAAAGCUGAAAAUAUGGAUGCCAUUUUAAAGGCUGCUGAGCUUGCAGCAGAGGCUGUAUCUCAAGCAGGAAAAAUUGUAACAAUGGGUGAUCCUUUGCCAUUAAUUAAACUGAUUGAAGCUGGCCCAGAAGGAUGUUGGAAAGCAUCCCGAGAGUCUUCUCGGGAAGUUGGAUUAUUGAAAGAAAUGACCCGAGAUCUGGUGAACAUUGACAUUGUGACAGAUGCUCCUGAAACUUCUCAUGAACAAAACAGGGACAUAUCAUCUAGUGGAAUUUCAUCUUCUAUCAUGAUCAACGAAAAUAAUUCAAGAGGACAAAAGGCACGCAAUGUUUCUGAUUUAGUGAAGCCUGUUGACAUGGUUCCUGGUUCUGAGCCUGAAAUACAGGCUCCUUCUCUCACUGUUACAAAUGAAUCUGAACAUCUUGAGGAAACUAAUUUCAAGGAGGGCUUACUUGUAGAGGUCUUCAAAGAUGAGGAAGGUUAUAAAGCUGCUUGGUUCAUAGCCAAUAUUUUAAGCUUGAAAGAUGGUAAAGCUUAUGUAUGCUACACUUCGCUUGAAGAUGUUGAAGGGCCUUUAAAGGAAUGGGUGUCACUUGAACGUGAAGGAGAUAAACCACCCAGAAUACGCACUGCUCGCCCUCUGACUAGUUUGCAACCUGAAGGAACAAGAAAGAGGCGCAGAGCAGCUAUGGGAGAUUAUGCUUGGUCUCUCGGGGAUAGGGUUGACGCAUGGAUACAAGAAAGCUGGCGGGAAGGAGUAAUCGCAGAGACGGAUAAGAAGGAUGAAACAACUUUAACUGUCCACAUUCCUGCCACUGGAGAAACAUUGGUACUUAGAGCGUGGCAUCUCCGCCCAUCCCUCAUUUGGAAGGAUGGCCAAUGGCUUGAAUUUUCUAAGGUGGGAGCAAAUUCUACGCAAAAGGGAGAUACUCCACAUGAAAAGCGACCUAAGCUGGGCAGUAGCAAUGCAGUAGAUGUGAAAGGGAGAGAAAAAAUGUCAAAAAAUGUUGAUGCUGCAGAGUCUACAAAGCCUGAUGAUUUGGAGUUGCUUAAUUUGACUGAAAAUGAGAAAGUCUUUAACAUUGGGAAGAGCACGAGGUCUACCAUUCAAAAAGAAGAGUCAAAAGUCAUUUUUGGAGUUCCUAAACCUGGCAAGAAAAGGAAAUUUAUGGAAGUGAGCAAGCACUACGUUGCACACGGGAGCAGUAGAAGUGAUUCAGCUAAAGAUGCUAAUUCUUCGAUACCUCAAGGUUCAGAACUUCGAGGAUGGAGAAAUAGUUCAAAAAAUGAUACUAAAGAGAAACUUGGAGCUGACUCCAAACCCAAAACUAAAAUUGGAAAACCGCAGGGUGCUUUGGGUAGAGUGAUUCCACCAAGAAAUCCAUCUGUUUCCAAUACAAAAAUGACCAAGGAUUCUUCUAAUCAUUUAAAAAAUGCUUCAGAGAGUGAAAAUCAGGCUGAGAGAGCAGCCUCCAUAACUGAUGGAGCCACACAAGUACCGAUCGUAUUUUCAUCUCUGCCAACUUCAACAGAUACUAUUCGUACUAAGAGGACACUCACAUCGAGAGCGAGUAAGGGAAAACUUGCACUUGCAGGUGAUAAACUACGAAAAUGUGGUGGGGAAAAGGCUUUAAUUGACAAACCCACAAAAUCAACAUCUGAAUCUGAUGUCCAUGAGCCCAGGAGAUCCAAUCGCAGGAUCCAGCCAACCUCCAGACUAUUAGAAGGAUUGCAGAGUUCUUUGAUAGCCUCAAAGAUUCCUUCAAUUUCACAUAACCGUAAUAUUCCCAAGGGUAAUAAUCACCAGGGUUGAAUGGAAGGAGUUUGCAAUGCCGUACAGUUAUUAGAUGACCACAAACCCAGCAUAGAUUUGUAUAUUUAUUUAUAAUUUAUAAUAGAGAAAACUUAGGAAUGGAAAUUCUUGUUUCCUUUGUUUUAGGCAGAGACUAUAGGUCAAUAGAUAGAUGGUUGAUAUUGAUUUAGUAUUAUUAUUUAAAUUUGGUUUCAUCUUUUAGUCUUAUGGCACUGUUGGCUGUGCUGUAUAUGAAAGUUGCCUUGUUUGUAGAUGUUGAUCAAAUUAUUGCCUUUAUUUAUUAACUUCCAA